AUGGGAUCAUCGUCAGAUUUUGUUUUAUCCAGGUGGCAAGCGGCAGCUGUAUGGCUACCUAACAACAAAAAGAGAUUUGGAUUUCUUCAAUCAGCAUUGCCAAGGGAAAUCGAAGUUGUGUUAUGGGGUAGGGGUGGAGAUGUGAUUAUAUUACUGAGUGAAUCAAAAGUGGUCCCUGUAGUAGUUGACAAGCUGCACUUUUGGCUUUUGAUGUGGGAAGAUGGAUAUUUUGACACAAUGAAAGUUCAAGAUUCCAUGGAAGACUUAUUUGCUGAGACAAUGUUCAGAAACUUAGUAGAAACAUCUUCACAUAACACAUAUAAUGGAACUUCAGGUGGAGAUGUUGUUGAAGUAGCAUUUGUUUACAUGUCAACCUUUCAGUAUGCAUUAGGUGAAGGGGUUUUUGGUGAUGUAGCAUAUAUAAGGAACUCUCACUGGAUUUAUGCAAAUCAUGAAUCACCAGGGGAAACACUCCGGUUCCUGAGAUGA